UUCUCUAAUUUCAAUUUUCAUAAUUCUUUUUUCUCUCUUUCUGUGAUGGCUCAAACUAAACUACCUUUAAUUUUCCAUGAGUAAAUAAUUAAGGCAUCAUUGUGAUGGAGAAGGGAGACAGCCAAAGCCAUGUUGGGUGUAAACCUUUGACCACAUUCGUACAAACCGAUACAAAAACGUUUCGUGAGGUCGUACAACGUCUAACCGGGCCAUCAGAAAGCCACACGACGUCGUCAAAGGGAUUUGGAUCAAGGAGGCCAACCACAACCUCAAAACUCCAUGAAAGGAGACAGUUGAUCACAAGACCAAAGCUGCAAAUUGUGAAACCAUGUCCUUCCCAUUUCAAGGCUACAAUUGGUGAGCACCCUAGCUAUAUUACGAGCCCGCUCGGGACACCGUCGAAGAUAUUGUCGAAGCUGUCUAUUGGGGAUGAAGAGAAGGAGGAGCUGAAUAACAUGGAAGAAGAAAAGGCAAUCAAAGAAAGGAGAUUUUAUUUGCAUCCAUCUCCAAGGUCAAUGCCUAUCUAUGCCCAACCAGAGUUGCUUUCAUUAUUUCCUUUGGAGUCUCCAAAGAAAGUCAGCAACCAUGAAACCAAAAUUAACUAAUUAAUCUUUAAUUCUCAUCUUUGUUCA